AUGAUCAUCGCAGACAGAGUAUUUCUUUCAUCAUCACACAAGUAUCGACACUCGAACGCUGUUCAUCUGCUCACAGCUUCCAACACCGGCACGAUGCACAUCCAUCAACGCGCUCCUCUUCCCACGAUAAUCACAACAAUCAUUGCCGCUUCACGACCCACGAUCCACCACUCAUCUGCUGCCUCUGCCUCUGCUGCUGCUACUCCUACGCUCGCCUUCUCGGCCCUCCGGGACCGUGCGAGCCUUCCCGGCGACUACACCUCGCCCCACGAGAGCAUCAACAGCCCCGGCGAAGCGGUGCGUCUGCUGGUGCCCAUUUCUGUCGCCGCGUGGGUGCUGGUCGGCUCCGGCUGCAUCCUGUGCAUCAACGGCGGCAAAGGCCGCGCCGGCGGCUACUGGGUGCCUAAGUGGUACCUGGACGCGGAGGGGACGCGACGUGACAAGGCGCUGGUGGUGGCGUGGUGGCUCGCGGUGCUGCUGCUGUGGCCGGUGAUUCUGCCGGCGCUGCUGCUGAGAAAGAUGGCGAGGGUGGUGAUGAAGCAGGUGGGCAAGGUACAGACUCGGAGACGGGAGCGGGAUAAGGGAGUGGGACGGGUCAGUGAGGUUUGA